UUCCAGACGUUGCUUAGGAUGAAGACGGCUCUGCUACUCCUCCUUGCCUUGGCUGUGGCCACUAGCCCAGCCUGGGCACUCCAAUGUUAUGUGUGCAGUAGCAGCACCAACUGUAUGAAGCCUCAGACCUGCCCAGCCAGCUCCCAGUUUUGUAAAACUGCCACCACAGUGAACACUCUGUCUGGGAACCUGGUGAAGAAAGAAUGUGCAGACUCAUGCGUUUCCAACCACAGCCAGCAGGGCCAGAUCAGCAGCGGUUCCUGGGCCGUACAUUGCUGCCAGGGCGACCUGUGCAACGGGAAGCUGUACAGCGCUGCAUCUGUACGUGCCCCGUUUAGCAGUGCCACCCUGGGCCUGGCAAUGAGCCUGGGCCUCCUUGCCCUUAUGGCUCUCAGCCUGUAACGUGCCGCUUGGCAUUUUCCCUGUCCCUCCUUUUCUGUU